AUGCGUAUUUCUUAUCCUGAUGAAGCCGUUGAUGCCGGUAGCGGCAUGAAGUCGGCUCUGCAAAUUACGGAUGUUUCGCGUUUUGGGACGUUUUUAAACGGAAGUCGAGUUAUCAAGAAUGCAGUUACAUCAGUUCCAACCGGCUCCGGCAUAACAUUUGGUGCAAUGCCUGGUGUUACGAUAGCAUUCAGCGCCAAGAUGUAUCCUCUCAAUGUGCUCCUCUCGUCCAUCUCCCCAACGGCCAAAGUGAAAGUUAGGGCUGCCAUUCAUUCAUUAGGCGGCAAAAUGUUUUGUGAAUGGACUGAGGAGUGUAACCUUCUUGUCAUGUCAAAGCUUGUAGUCACUCAUAAGGUUUUGUGCUCUUUGCUUCGUAAUUUGGACAUCGUAACUCCCGAAUAUCUGUACGCUCUCGAGAACUAUUGUCAUACUGAAAAUUUUCGCGAUCCUAAUCGUUCCAGCCAUUUACCUCCGAUUGAAGAGAAGGGGUUUUCGGACGCGGAUGCCUCAAAGUUUUACGUGAACCCCAGAAGGCGCUUUGUUUUUGAUGACAAGACCUUCAUCUUUCUCACCGCGUCAAAGUUUCAGCGUUUCUGUCUCCUGCUGAACUUGACUAAUGCCAAGUCAGUCUGUAUUGCGGAGACCAUGUCUUUGCAUCGGCGGUUCUUCAUGGACUUUUUUGCGUCCAUAUCCGAUCCAUGUCUUCUGUACGAGACGGGAAGCGCAGCGACGGAACACGAUUUGGCGUACUCAGUCUUAAAGAAGGAUUUCAAUAGGCGCCCCAUUUUGGAGCAGGAAAUUGCGUUGGCUAUCAUUGAGAGUUCAUGUGAGACUUAUUGCAAUGCUACGCGUCCAUGUCCUAUCUCCAACAGUGAGAGACCUUUAAGUUGCCCUUUUGAAUAUAAAUCAUGGGAUAUGGGAAUGCCAAGUGCCAGCAUCAGCAAUCCUGAAUCCAGUCUUAAGCGCCUCAGGGAAAACGUCGAUGAUGAUAGUGAAGCCACUGCAGUCAAUGAAUUGAAAUUAAAGCGUCGGUGUGGGCAGGCACCCUUGCUGCCGCUAUCAACACUCUUUGAUAACUUUAAUAAGGACACCACGAGGCGACCACUAACUUUGCUUCCUGGCACCAGGGAAACCAACACGUUCAACAUCGCACAGAACAGUUCUCCAGAUGUGGAGAAAGAGAAAGAUUUUGGUCGACAUGUACCCCAGUCUGGCUUCAAGUCGAUUUUUAUCAAGCCGAAGGCAUCUGUUGUUGAAAUAAAUCUCGAAGCUACUGAAGAUGAGUUGGGCAAAGAUGAUCCAGUGCUGGAAGCCUUCGGAAAAAAAGGAUGCUGUCCUCUUAUCAAGCAUCAGGUCGAAAUUCAAACGAUGAAAAUGAUGCAACUCAAAAAUCGUGUGCUCAGUUCCGCCGAUGAUGACGAUGUCAAUGUGAAGACCAAGGUUUGUGUGUUGGUAAAUGAUGCUGUUUUGCCAAGAAAAUUGGCAAGACCCAGGACUGAACCUCCACCUGUCGAUUUCAAGCGGUUCACCAAGGUUUGGCCCACUUGUUACGAGGGAGUAUUGGGUGGAAAGAGGAGGAACAACACUGGGUCAAAAUCGCCAAUUGGAGUAACUCUGGUGCCAUUUAGGUCGGAUUCAAAAAUGAUCGCUGGACCUCUCAAGUGUCGUGCUGAAGAUAGUCCCUCUCAACCGCUAAACGAGGAUACCGCUCUCAUUGACAAGCUCUUUGAAAACCUACGUGAGAGUAGAGUUGACUUGGCAGCUGACUUUGCUGGCUCGUGCGCUGUCGUCUGGCCAAUUUUAAGCGCUGUGACGAGUCGCAAUCUCUCAAUUGGUGUUUCGGAAAGUGGAUCUUGGCACUCUGCACCGUUUCCCACCUAUUGA